AAAGCAAAAUGUAAAGAAAACAACAAUUCAAAUUCGAAAAUCAAAUCAAUUUCUAGGAACGCUACAUCGCCGGCCCCUAAGUUCGAACGUCCGUGUCGUCCAGUGUGGAGUGCGCGCGCGCAACACACGCACGCGUUCCCCGAAGUGUGCGCGCAGCGGCGUGAUCUGAACACUGAUUGGUUACCGCGUGUGCUGUGUGUGUGUGAUUUAUGUGCAAGUGCCUUUUAUAUUAUAGUUUUAUUGGUGGGGCGUCAAGCCCGGAUGGGAGAAAAUGCAAACAAAAAACAUCAACCUCAAUCAAGAACAAAGAAACAAAGACAAUAGUGAUAUUCAGAAAAUGGGCCGGCAAGAACCUCAGGGGCUGUCAAUCGAAGGGUCAGUGCACGAUCAGGCGGUAUAUUUGAACCAAGUCACGGCCCCGACCAUCGGUUCCACGUAUUUCGGCACGGUUGAAGGUGGUCCGCCGUACAGGAUGCCGCCGGCGCCCGAGGCGGCGCUGCCUGGCGCGCCCGCGCCUUCCCUCCCCGCGGCACUGCAUACACACUCCAACAAGUUCCCUAUAGAACGCGAGGUGAUCCUAUCUUCUGGCGACAAGAACUCGAAGGUGCCUAUUCUCCAAGAGGCCAGGAAGAGAGGCAGGCUUGGUGCCGUCGCUCCGGAUACGCCGCCCAAAGCGCUCUCAGCUUGGACCCACGCCGAGAACCAGCAGGCUGGCACAUCUGGCGACCCCGGCUUCAGGCAGUACCACGACCAGUACGGCUACAUGAACCAGAACCAGGGAGCCGUCGCCAGGAAUAUGCAAAACUACGACUCACCCAAGCCUCCGAUACCGGCCAAAACCUACGGCAAAGUCGAUACGCCGAACAACUCACAACUAAUCACAGUCACAGUCGAAACGGGGAAGGACAAUACAAGAGAUGCCCCAAAAAGUGCGAAAUCCGUCAGUAAAACUUAUCACACGCUCAAAGAUAUGAUCUCAAGCAGGUUUAAAAGCAAAGACGCUAACGAUGGUGAGAAAAACAACGAACAAGAGCCGAGUUUGAAUAACAGUGAGGAGAGAAAAAAGCCGGAGCCCGAGCAGGUGACGCCGCGAGACAACGGGACCAGGAAGGUGGAGCAGGGGAUAUAUGGCCGGCCCAUGACGCAGACUAGGCCGGAAAUGCAGUACAGCCACGGUAUAGCGAACAACAUGGCGUAUCCUAGUCCCUCACCACACAGGCAGCUGAUGCAACAGCAACAGAUGGUGCAGUCACAGAUGAUGAUGAGCCCUCAAGCCAGGUCUCAGGAGAUGCUGGCCAGCACGCCGCUCCGGCAGCCGCAAGCCUUAGGAGCUGACGCCCUGUACCAGCAAUACGGACCUCCAGGAAGACGAAGUGCGCUUUACCAGAGAGACUUAGAUGUCAGAUCUAUGGGGAACUUUACUUCCCUAAAAAGUGGACCGCAAUCUCAGUUCGACAAUUCUCACUCAAGACCGGAUCUCAGAAGCCCGCAACAGUUAGAAAGAGAAAUAAUCCGCCAGAGAGGCUUAGUAGAGGGACGUCGGGCGGCGUCACAUCCGCACUUAUUAGACGAACCACAUCAUAGGCCAGAGGUCACUACUCCACAGAUACACGACCCAGGGAGGCGGAACUCACAUGGAAACCUCCUAGACCACACGGCUAAUGAGCAUCCUCGAAAUUGUGAGGAGCGGGAGUCUGAUGACGGCGGGUUUCGUGCAAGACUCGCAGCGCAAAGCAGAUCCAGUUUCGAAGAGCGAAUUAGAACGAGUGGUCGCUCAGUAGAAUCUCACAGACAAGAAAGAAUCCAAGAAAACGUGUACAGAAGAACUCCAGAUAGUCAUAAAGAACGACGGACGCCAGACAGCCAUAAGGAGAGACGGACACCGGAUAGUCAUAAGGAGAGAAGAACUCCCGACUCAAUAGGACAUAAAAGAGAGGAGCCUUCAACGUCACAGGAGAGGAACGAUGAGAGUGCCAGCCAGAAGUCAGCUGAUAGUGUUUAUAACUCCAGUGGGAAAGCCGAAGCGUAUAAUCCCCAGCCGUCCUCGUCAAGACAAACUCCGAACAGGAUAGAGGAUCUCAAAGCACAUGGGAAAAAAGGAGCCGGAUCUGGUGCUAGCUCAGACUACGACAAGAACGGAGGUCAGUCGUCCAACGUGGACUCGGGGCGCGGCAGCGUGGCGUACUCGAGCGGGCGGCGGCCGGAGCCCCUGCACGACACCUCCGCGGACUCGGACGCGCUGGGCACGAGGCAGCCCCAGCCGGGGACCAGCCAGCAACAGCAAGGACAAAGUACCGAGAACGACUGGGUAGAAUGCGAGCUGCGUCACAUCCUUGAGCCGAAGCUAGCCAGCAUGAGACUGGACUCGUCGGCCACCUCGGACACGUCGGUCACACCGCCACUACCGCCGCUGUCACCCUCGUCAGACAUGCAUAAAAGAAAUAGUCUACCGGGCAGAUCAUCAGAGUACCCGGACGAGCGUCGUCGAGGCCGCGAGUCUCCGCGGUGGCACUCGCACAAGAAGCACUCUUCGAAACGAGACCAUCAUUACAAGAAACACUUGUUCGGCAUCGACACGACGGACAUGACGUCGACGACGACCCGCAGCCUGGACCUGUCGUCGCUGCUGGAGGGCCGCUCCGACAGCUCGUCGUCGGGCGACGCGCGCGCCAUCCGCCGCCAGCUGCGCGGCCUCGAGAACAUGUACGCAGAGGUGCUGCAGCUGCUGGGAGUCAGAAAGCCGGCCAGCCUGGCGAAGCAGCCCACCUGGGAGUCCAGAUUAUCUUCUAAGCGUCGUUACGGUAGCAUGUCGUCCUUGCCAUCCAGCUCGGUCAGCAGUCGCCCGGUGCGAGACAAGAGACGGAGCUCCAACGACCACAGAAAGAAACAUGACUUGAAGGGUAUAAACAAGCGCUUCCAGCGCCUGGAGUCGCACGUGGUGACGCUGGCGCGCUCGGUGGCGCACCUGUCCAGCGAGAUGCGCACGCAGCACCUCGUCAUGCAGGAGAUGGACACCAUCCGCGCGGAGAUCGCCGCGCUCAGGCAUAUGUACAAGUCCCAGCAGUACAUUCGCUCGGGCGGUCACGGGCGGCACUCGGACCCGUACUCCUUCAGCAACCCUGACCGCGUCAAGCGGCUCACCAAGUUCUUCGGAGACGAACCACCGCUGAUGAGGCUGUUCCUCAAGAAACUCGGAUAUGAGAAAUACGCAGCUCUCCUCGAAAAGGAGAAAGUAGGAGCAGCCGAACUGCCUUACGUGGGAGAAGACAAGUUACGAGCCCUAGGGGUCCCUCUAGGCCCUAGGAUGAGGAUACUAAAGGAAGCAGGGAUACACCAAGACUUGCAUCACCUGUCAAGGGACGAUCCCCACAAUACAACGACUACUUUAGCUAUCGUUUAAGGAAAUUAAACUCUAAGUAGUUGUUAUAAGAACGAUAUUUGUAUUGUGAAUAGACUGAAUAGUAUGAGUAUUUAGGUGAAAUUUGACUUUAGUACUGAAUUUAGACAUUCAUUUUUUUAAGUGUAAAUGAUAUUUUAAAAUGACAAUGAGAUUUAUGCUUGUGACCCAAUGUCGACAAAAUUAUAUAUCAAAAAGUGAAAAUCGUUCCGUCAAAAGAACAGCGUUCGGUAUUCGGCUUUUUAGUAGUUCAGGACCGACAUAAAAGAUGACGCUGUUGUCAUCAAAUUUUUAGCUAAAUAUUUUACGGGUAAUUUACAACGAAAUAAUAUAAACGAAAAUACUCAAUGCAACGAAUAAUGACAUUCUAAAAAGACUUAUCUUAUUAAUUAGGUUAUUAUGAUAAUUGGGAAAAUGUUUACACAAAAUAUUUUGCUCUUAUCCUUACCUUUUUUGUCAUAAAAUACAGAAUUCUUAACUGAUAAUAUAAAAAAUGUUUUUCAAUUAAGUUAUUUCUAUCAAAAUUUACUUGAACAUUUCAAAACAGCCAAUUUCCGCCCUGAUGUAAUUGCUUUGAUCAACAAUUCUUAACAUUAAAAAUAAUUUGAUACUUUGACUAAACAACAGGACAGGAAAACAUGUUAAAUUUAGAUCGUAAUUCCGUAAACAAAAACUGGAAAGUCCCAUAUUACAUGGAAUUAAUUAAAUAAGUUUUACUUUCCGCUUCCAAAAAUCCUCUGUUGAAAUGAUAACCUCUGGGUUAAAAAAUUGCGUUGUUGUGUAGUCGAGUAUAAAGAAAUACGUCAUUUAAUGUUUUGACUACGUGUAUUAGGUAACGUGGCAAAAUGCUACGGACAAAAAGCAGAGAAUUCGAUUCAAAACUUCAAAUAAACAUCCUCAAUCUCUACAGUUGAAGGUAUUGAUAUCUCCACAAUAAGUGGCAUUCCUUAAAGCUGUAAAAAUGAUUGCUAAAAUUUAAAAGAAAAUACAUGCAUUUUCGUAAAGCCUAUUCUACUCGCGGUAAUUGUUAAUAGACACUUAUAUCUCGUACACAAGUAAUGGUAACACAUCGACAAAAACAAAGUACCUACCUUAAUAAGCUAAUUAAUUUCUUCAUCCUCAGAAUCACCAAUGUACUUAAGUUUGCUUAAUAUAUGAAUACUUGUAUAAAACUUAGGUAAGUUUCAAGCCAUGGAAGGUAAACAAGAACGAUACUUAUGUCUACCUAUGUUAAAGAAAAAAAUGCUAAAGAAAACAAUGAAAAAAAUGUGUCCUCUAUAAAAUUAAAGUGCCGGUUCUAUACAUUGUAGCCUAUAUUUAAAAUGAGAUUGUAUAUUAAGUUAAUAAGACGUUGCACUCAGAAAAUAUAUGCCAAAGAGUUCGCUCGGCGUAUGUAAAAAUGUUGUAAAUAGUUUUGUAUAUAUAUAUUUAUAAGAUAAAUACACACAAACAACGAAAUUAGACAACGUACUCAUUUUACUGUAUCUUUUAAUCCCUUCGCGUAUUGAAGGGAUCUUAUGUAAAUAUAUCAAAUAAAGAUCUUUUUUACUUAAA